CGGGUGAUCCUGCACGAUUCAUGAAUUCGUUAAGAAUGUCCUGUGUAGGUCUGACUGAGCUGUUAUGACUCUCUACACGCAAUGGGACUCUGCAGUAGUCUCUCGGCGCCCAGGCAGAAGACACGAUGACCAGUUCCUCGUACAACAAAGAGCAACUAGCAGCAAAGCUUUAUUCAUCCAUCAAGCCGUUCGUAUUCUAUAGUCAACUGCUAUGCAGUGUCCCAUAUCCGGUCGAGACCUUGCAGUCAUCGUGCCAUCAGAGCCUUGCGUACCAAUCGAACUUCAAACAAGCUCGCUGUCUGCUCACUGCUGCACUGAUGGUCUGUAUCAUUAUCUGCAGUUUGGAGGGAGUGAUUGAUAUGGUAUCCAUACCACUGCCUUUCUUCACCGCCACACUCUACAUCAAUGAAAUGGUGCUUUGUGCUGUCGUCAGUCUGCUAACCGUCGCUCGAAGCUACAGAAAGGAUGUGGCUUACGAUCAAUUCCUUCAGAGGCUUCUCACCAUAGCAUGUGCACUGCAUAAGGACGAAUGGAAAGAGCUACUACCGUAUCUUUGUCGACGACUUCAAUGCAUUUGCGCUUUACUAGCAAUCCUAUUCGUGGGAGCGUUGGCAUGUGAUUUCUAUCAUUUUGGCAGCAUCUACACCACUCUCUACUCGCUUGCUGCCUAUGUCAUGCCCAACGUUCUGGUUGCACUUUCGCUGCUGCAAUAUGCUUACGGUGUACUGCUUAUCUAUAAGCUGUUACAGCGCUUCAAUUGUCGGCUAGCGAUAAGAGAGCUGGUGCCGGAGAGUGAAUUGCUACACUGGAUCGAACAAUGCGAAUCGUACUACCUGCAGCUCGCGUCUUGCAUUGAACACGUAACGCAGUCUUUUGGGCUGCUCAUUGUCACCAACACGUUUGCGGCGAUUAACGUUAUCAGCUUGCAGCUGCUAGAAAUUUAUCAGUAUCUGCAAACCAAUGACUCGAAACCGAUCUACAUCGCCUACAAUCUUUUGUGGAUCGGUAUGCAAUCUGUGCUGCUAGUGUUGCCCCUGUACCCAAAUCAAUUAUUGAAACGAGAGCAAACACGCCUUGGAACACUGCUGUUCGAAGUCUUUCCUCAAGGCUACGAAGCGCAUGGCGAACAUCGCAUCACACGCUAUGGUAUGCUAACAUUGAUAAAAAAGGAUGUUUCUGUGAAAGCUUGCGGUAUCUUUACACUAGAUUUGUCUUCUCUUUCAACGAUAUUUGCAGCACUACUAUCGUUCAUCAUUAUACUGAUACAAUUUGAUAAAGCAAACAUAAAUAAACACUCCGGCGCAGUCACAGCUCUCGAUAGCCUAUACACUUCAAAAUCUUAAAAUCAUCCCCUAGAUGUAAGUGUGUAACGCAUGAUCACCCCGCGUGACUGCUCUUCUUUUGCACCAGAGGCUUCACACGCUGGCAGCAAUGAUAUCAACCAUUUGUUAUCGUUGGAAAUCCAUAUCCAUGUAGAUCUCUUCUACCGUAUGCCUGCUCUGCUGCCUCAUAUUCCAGCAGCUUGUUGUGAAACGUCUUGAAGUUUGCAGCCUCAUGCUUCAACAGAUGGUUGGAGGAUUCGUCCAGAUCCUGGCACCCUUGCGACAACUAUGCUAGUAUACUACAUUGCAUGAUUUGAAAUAAAGGACUCGUAAUUGAA